AUUACACACGCCGACAUGAUCUGAUCCUGCAGCUCCUCGCUAAAUAAUACAGACUGCUGUGCGUUAAGAGAGAAGCUUAAAGCUGCGGUGAUCAGUCCGGAGCCGAGCUUUAUACAGGAACCAGCAGGGCCGCGCCGAGCUGAGCUGAUCCGAGUCUCUACUGGUAUACUGCAACCGAAACACCUCGUACAGCCAUGAACCCGCAGCAUCUCUCUUUAUUUUCUUUAUUACACUGAUUUAUUUACAACUCUCAGAGAUUUUGGUACACACACACACACACACACACACACAUCUUCUGUCUGUGUGAGGAGCUGCAAUAUUCUACCUGACCGAGCGUCUCUUCAGUGAGCAUGACAGACUCCCAACGUUAACCUCACUGCUACUGUUUAUAAUAAUUCGGUAUUGUAAUUGUAGAUUAAUUACACAACUUUUUGAGCUAUCAAUCGGUAAAACUAAUAUCAAGUCAUGGCUCCAAAGAAAAGACCGCUUCCACUGAAUAUCAACCCUAUAGGAGAAGGACAAGCGGCCAGCAACUCUGAUGCUGCUUCUGAAGCUAACCUGGAAGCCUUGCAGAAGAAGCUAGGGGAGCUGGACCUGGAUGAGCAGCAGAGGAAGCGUCUUGAGGCUUUUCUCACCCAGAAAGCCCAAGUUGGUGAGCUGAAAGAUGAUGACUUUGAGCCUAUCUGUGAACUGGGAGCAGGGAAUGGUGGGGUGGUCCACAAAGUGCGCCACAAACCAUCGAGACUGGUCAUGGCCAGAAAGCUCAUUCAUUUGGAAAUCAAACCGGCCAUCAGAAACCAGAUUAUUCGUGAGCUGCAAGUGCUGCAUGAGUGUAAUUCUCCAUACAUUGUGGGUUUUUAUGGGGCUUUCUACAGCGAUGGAGAGAUUAGUAUUUGCAUGGAGCACAUGGAUGGAGGUUCGCUGGAUCAGGUAUUAAAAGAAGCUAGAAGAAUUCCAGAGGAAAUCUUAGGGAAAGUUAGUAUUGCGGUACUUCGGGGACUUGCUUAUCUAAGGGAAAAGCACCAAAUCAUGCACAGAGACGUGAAGCCCUCCAACAUCCUGGUGAACUCGCGCGGUGAAAUCAAGCUGUGCGACUUUGGUGUGAGCGGCCAGCUCAUCGACUCCAUGGCCAACUCCUUCGUGGGAACACGCUCAUACAUGUCGCCGGAGAGGCUACAGGGCACUCACUACACUGUUCAGUCGGACGUGUGGAGCAUGGGCCUGUCACUAGUAGAGCUGGCCAUCGGCCGCUACCCCAUCCCCCCGCCUGACGCCAAGGAGCUGGAAGCCAUCUUUGGUCGGCCUGUGCUGGAUGGAGCAGGGAUGGAGGGACACAGCAUGUCCCCGAGACCCAGACCUCCAGGACGUCCCAUUAGUGGAAUGGACAGCAGGCCGGCCAUGGCCAUAUUUGAGCUACUGGACUACAUUGUCAAUGAGCCCCCACCCAAGCUGCCUCAUGGUGUGUUUACCUCAGACUUUCAAGACUUUGCGACAAAAUGCCUCAUCAAGAACCCUGCUGACAGAGCGGACCUGAAGAUGUUGAUGGGCCACACUUUUAUUAAGCGUGCGGAGGUGGAGGAGGUGGAUUUUGCAGGAUGGCUGUGCAGAACCAUGGGCCUAAACCAGCCCAGCACUCCCACUCGCACAUCUGAAUGACUUAGUCAAACAACCUACUCACUUCACCCCAAUCACUUUCUCUACCUUUGCUCUUCCACUGCUUUGUCGCUUCUGUUUUCUCUUUUCAAUUGCUCUUAAAAGUCAUGUCAGGUCACUUAAUAUCUCCCAGCUUCUAUAUGCUUACUCUCUGACUUCUGCAGGGCUUUGUGCAGGUACUGGCUUAGAAAAGGUCAGUCAUUGGUACUCUCCAUUUCAAUGGAUUUAGCUUCAAACCUUUCAUAUUUUGCUUUGGUUGGACAUCUGGUAUGGCAUUAGAGCAUAGGAGUGUAUUUGGGAUAUCCUCUUUUACUAUAAUUUUUGAUUGUAAUGUGCACCGCGUAAGUCCAGCAGUUCGAACCAGUUCUGUUCCUAAAGAUCCAUUUCUGUUCCGGUCGAGUUUGGGUGUAAUUGUUUUAAACCAAAGAAAACUACCAUAACUCCAUUAGGCUCUAUUUACUCUAAGCUUGUAUGCAGACAUACAGUUUGGUUUAUGCUUUAGCAAGCUUAGGAUAAGAUAAGGAUUUUAGCUGUCCAUCAAACAGUGUGGCACAGCAGAUAAUGUCAAUGUCAUUUAGUACCGGGUCCCUGAGGCCUGUUUAGACUCUAACGUCAGAGUGGAUUUUUCCUACAAGCUUCAGUUUUCUUUCAGUUUCUCUAAUAAGAAUACCUGCUGCCUUUGCACCCACUUUUUUUCAUGUGGUCCCGGACAAGAAACACUCCUGCUGCAAUGGCUUGAAUAGAAUAGGGCCUUUGUGUCUUCACGGGGCCCUUAUACUGUAUAUUUUUGUAGUAAAUGGUAGUAGUUAUAAACAUACUAAGAAGCAGAACAUAUAGUCAACAAGAUUAAAUAACUUCAUUACAUAAAACAUACUGAACAUAAAACAUCACUAAUAUAGACAAACGGUUUACACAGCUUCUUUAGGAACUGCAGCACAUACUUGUGGUAAACAGCAAAAUGUGCCUUCAAAUAGUCCACAAUUUAAAAGCCUUUGCCUGACUAAUUAUGAUGAUGAUGCAAUGUGAUUAUAUUAGUAAAGUAAAGCCACAUAAUUAUGUAAUUAUUUGAGGUAAUUGCAGUUACUUUAAAUUAUUAUAAUCAGCUCAAAUAACUGAUACUAUACUGAAAUAAUAUUUUUAAACAGUAUAGGCAUCACUUACUGUUGACUGUUUAGUCCUGCAUUCUGCAAUUUGAUACACUCUAUAACUGCUUGUAAAAGUCUCAAGGUAUCCAUAGAGCAAACCCAAAGCACUGCGCACACAUGGUUGUGUUUUUUUUCCGGCCAGUCGGUGCCAGGGUGAGUUUAGACUUUUUUGUAUCAGGGUGGCACUCCCAAACUGCUCUGGUUCUGCCCAUUUGACAACUUUGAAAGCAUGUUUGUAGGGAAGCAUAAACCAGGCCUAACUGCAGAGCUAAAGACACUGCAAAGCCAGGAUGUUGUAUUAACAUAUCAAACAAUGGCUUUAUUACACACCAAAUUUAUUAAACCGUUUAGGCAAGUUAAAGCUGCAGUAUGUACGUUUUAGGCGUUUAGGAAUUUGAAGACCUUCCUGGCUGAGGUGUUUUUUUUUUUUUUUAAGCACCUAGUGUUGGAUUGUUUUCAACAUCAACUGCGUGGCGCAGAUUAAUCUGAUGGUUGCGAGGUGGCAAGUCAGUGCACAUUCGUGUAAUACUCAAGUAGCGCCUAAGGUUGAGACAUCAGUCUGUGAUGACCAAUGUUUGAGUCCAAAUCUCUGCCAAACCCGACCCAACAGAUCUAACUAUGUUCUAAUAUCUUAGGCUUUUCAGGGCAACUCGGCACCCUUUGUUAAUAAUAAUAAACAUUAAAUGUGUAUUUAGUUUCCAGCAUUGGUUGCUUUUAAGCUGUUGAUUUACAAGCAAAUUGAAUUUCCUUUAAACAGGAAAACAGUGUUGUUUUAUUAAAAUAUCCUUAAAUCAAUCAGGAAUCAGUUUAGUUUUAUUGCAUAAAAGUAUUGUUUGCUUAGCUUAAAGAAGAUGCUUGCUGUUUUGGUGAUAAUUCUUACUCGUUGACAGAGAAUUACAUUCUACAGAACACAUUACAUUUCUGAAAUGCCUUUUAAUAUGCCUUUAAUCUUUGGCUUUGCCUGAUGCAUAAGUUCCAUCUCCUUCUGAAACUGCAGUUCACGCCUAUGCUGUAAUCGGUUUCAAUUUUUAAUUUCUAUUUUUUUCCUGCUGCUUUAAUGUAAGCUUUCCUCCCUAACUAUGGAUUAAGAAAUCUUACAUUUUUGUGUGUGAGAUAAACUAAUAAUGCACUCCACAUUACUGCUGACAAUCCCCAGACCUUUGUGUUGGAAUGCAUACAAAUUGCACAUACUAAGCCAGCUCUGUUUAAAAUGAACAAAGGACCUGCAUAGUACACGUCGUACAGUUUAUUAAAUGUAAGAUAUGUAUUAUGCAAGCACAUGUACUAGUACAGAUGAAUCGAAUGCAGUUAGUGGAUGACUGAUGUGGAAGGGAGUGUAGGUGCCCCACAUCAGUUAUCUUUGUCUCACUGGCUGGUAAGUGCAUUUGGCUGCCUAUUUUUUUGCAGUUUCUAUUCAACUACUUGCUAAAAACAAUUUUAAGGUGGCACAAAUCAUGUUCAGCUGGGUUAGGGCUGUGCUUUUAAUGCUUUUUCAGACAUUCAGCUUGGUGUUGGACCUGUUUUGUUUUCACACUGGCAUUCAUCUCCAACUGAAUAAAUGCAUAGCUGCACUUAUGUGUAUAAAAGUAUAUGUACAGUACGAAUGUUACUGUUUCACAGUCUUAAAAGAUAGCCUUCUUUGGUUGUUUUUUUUUCCUUCUACUUUCAUUUAAAUGGUGUAGAGACAAUGGGAAGAGUCAUUUUAUCAUAUAAAAUGUGUUAAAUAUGGUUCUAAUACAAAAAUAAAACUUUUGUGAAUGAAUGUU